AUGGUGAGAUCGGUUCUGAGUGUCGAUGCCAAGAAGCUGGAAGAAGUGAAUGCCCCAGUCAAGCUUACUUCAUUUGAGAGAAAGUUUCUGAAUGUGCUCAGUGAAGUGCUAAAGUCAGUUGAAUUUGCCACAACAAUUGUGCAAAAAAGAGAAAAUGUCAGAAGUCCAGCUCGCAAGAGGCAUCAGUCUGGAAAGACAACAUGUGAAGUGGAGAGAUACCUCAAUGAACCAUGCAUCCACAGAAAUGAUGAUCCACUGAAGUAUUGGUCCAGCCACAGCAAAGUUAGCCCGGGUCUAGCAGAACUUGCCUCAAAAUAUCUGACGAUUCCAUGCACCAGCGCCCCAGUAGAGCGACUCUUUUCUGUAGCUGACACGAACAAUAAAUAUCUGGAACUUGUUAAUUUCUCAGAAGAUGCAUUAGGCAAUAUUGCCCAUUUUAUGUCAGGGAAUAUGCUUCUGUUUGAAGAUGAUGUUCAGAAAGACAGUGUAUUGGAAUUUCUUCUUGUACCUACAGUAUAUGAUGACAUUUUUUACAAAAUCAGUUACAAAACAAGGCCACAGGAAAUUGAAGAUAAAAGAAGAGAAAAAAAUCAGGAAAAAGUAAGAUUGAAAGGAAGACAGGAAAGAGAGAAAUUUAGAAAACAGACAGAAUACAGUAACAAAAUUAUGCUACAUAGGCGUUGGCAGUCUGAAACAGAGGUUGAUAAUAUGGUGGCGAGUAACCUUACUAAAACAGCGCAAACAGAGGUGAUACGAUUUCGAAAAGACGUUUUACUGCAAGUACCAGAUGACAAAAAAAAGACAUUCAAUUUUACUACAUUUGUACAGCGGAGGAAGUUCAGGCAAAGUUUAGAUCCUGAAGAUUUAAAAUUGAAUUUAAAAGCUUUCAUAAGGCAAGCAGUGGUGAGAUAUGGAGAAAACCAACAGGAGAAACACAUUUUCGUGGGAAGGAGAGUUAGGCACUGGUUAGAAGUGGGAGAGGGUGGAUCUAAGAACAGGCAAAAUAAUAUCACACAGAUAGUCCCGGGUUUCCCAGACUGGUUCAUUAUACUUUACGGCCAGAAUCCAGCAGUCUAUAGACCCUUCCGUCUGGGCAUUGAUAUGGAUUCGAAGGAUUUGGAACUAUUAAAAAUCGUCAACAUUUUAGGGGAGGAGUUCUUGAUCUUUGUGCGAAUAGAGUUCUUGUCGGUUAUAAAAGUAGAACUAGAUAGACGUAAAGAAAAACUGAAAAUGGCGUUAAAUGUUUACGCGACAGCAGCAACACUUUUAUUUAUCCUGACUCCAGGGCAGUGUCAUGGACCGACGGCCAACACAGAAAUUUGUCUUAAAGUUCCAUUUUCCGUCGACGAUUGCUACGCUGCUUCACUUAAUGAGCCAAUUUCUCCGAAAGCGGCCAAGGUUGAUUGUCUUCAACGGAUGUUAUGGUAUUACGAAUCGGAACAAAACCUCACAGCAGCCGACCUAAGUUAUUUCUCGGCGCUAUCAAAACAAGGAUGGAGGUAUGGGCAUCCCCAUCCAAAGACGGGUAAACGGACCAGACAAGAAUAUAGGACAUUAACAGAUAUCCAACGUAAAAGAUUUCAUAUUGCAUUCCAGAAUCUGUACAGAAAAGGCAUUUUAAAGAAAUAUGCUCUGCUACACAGGAUUGCUGUACGGCUGCAUCACGGAGGUGCUUCGUUUAAUGCUUGGCAUAGAGUUCUUAUUACAUACCUGGAAGAGGAACUUCGGCGAGAGGAUAAAACCGUUUCUUUGCCUUACGUGGACCUCAGACUAGACCACAGAAUGGACAAUCCUGUCAACUCGUUCCUUUGGUCUAAAGAGCUGCUCGGGAACGCCAAUGGCGAUGUUGUUACCGGCUUUUGCGCAUAUUGGAAAACAUUUCGUGGAAAUCUUUGGCGAAAUUACGGAAGAAGAGGACAGGUUAUCAGCCCAGAAAAGGUUGAAAAGAUUCUUACCCGAUGCCAUAAUGAGGAUAUUUCCUUUCCACUCAAAACGCCUGGUGACGAAAAAGAAAUGGAUUUCGUUUCUGAAUAUCAUCACAAUGCUAUUCAUAACUGGGUUGGGGGUGAUAUGGGUGACAUAGAUAUGGCUGCUUCUGACCCAGUCUUCUACAUGGUGCACUGUUUUCUAGAUAUGUACUGGGAAAAGUUCCGAAAUCGUCAGAAAACUGUAUGUGGGGUUAAUCCGGAGACAGACUAUCCUUUACAAACUGGCGGUCCAAGUCAUGGCCCAAAUGAUUACAUGACUGGAUUUGACGGACUAAAGAAUAUAGAUGGGCUGAAAAAUUUCUGGAUUGAAGAUUGGUUCAAUUAUGAGGAUAGCCCGCUACAUUGCAAGACAGAUGGAGACUGUAGGUCUAGGUAUUUGUAUUGUCGAUACGGAGACUGUGUCAGUCAUUCACGUCGUACGGACUACAACCCGGGUCAAUAUUUCAACAAAUAUUUUGGACUCUCUAUAGAACCGUUCGAGCCAAAAACGAGCUAUGUUCCAAAACGCACCGUCACUGAAUUUGAACCUGCAUCACUUAAUGAUGGGAGGACAAUAGAAUCGGCCAAACGUGACGCUAGAAAUGCGAUGUCUUCCGUGCAUCACAGAGGUCGUGCUUAUUCAGAGCCCGCACGUACACAUCCUUUACCACAAGCAAGUAUGGCUGUACCACAAGCCGUUGACGCAUUUUCACUUUCCAGCAAUGCAAAUAAUAACCCCCCUUCGAAGCAAAAACAGGGUUUCACAAGUCUAGAACACAGACUCGCAAAAUACAACAAACUCAUUAGACGAAAAAGCAGACAUUGAAUGUCGUCAUAUGCAAGUGGUGCUUAUGGCCAUCCACGUGUGCAGAUUGAAUACUUGUAUUUUGUAUGAAAUAUUUUGCCUUUUUUCAUUUCUGCAUGUUUUUCCCUUGCAUUCUAUGAUUUCGUUUUACUGCGUGCUUCAUUUUACUUGUAUAAACGAAAUUAUAAACCCGGUGAUUUCUCUACUUUGAUUAAUGUAUUCUUUUAUUUCGUUUUACACAGUGUCGCUUAUUUUACUUGUAUAAAUAGAAUCAUUUAUUAAACCCUGUGGUUCUAGUACUUAAUUUUACUUGUAUAAAUGAAAUAAUCUUUACUAAACCCGGUGAUUUCUCUAUCUCGAUUACUGUAUUCUUCGGAUUCGUUUAGCUUAGUGCUUCAUUUAACUUGUAUAAAUUAAAUUAAAACUCGGUGAUUUCUCUAAAAUGAUUAAAUUAUUCUUUGAGUGCUUCAUUUUAUUUGUAUAAAUGUAAUUAUAUUUAUUAAACCCUUGUGUUUUUGUAAGUUGUCUUCAUUCUUUUGGUUAUUUUUAUCUGAAUUCAUUAUGAUUACUAUGUUGAAUAAGUUUUUUGUUUGUUUCAGUAAAACUGAUGAUUUUAUGUGUUAGUUAGUUAUUUACAUACAAUGAAAUGUGUUACAGGACUGUGUGAAUGUUAGAAAAUGCAGAGUAACUCGUACGUCUAUAUAGAUAAAUUUACGAAUCUUCAAUCUUGUACUCCAUAAUAACUUGUAACAACCAGAUAGGUUCUUGUGUGCGCAGGAAAUGUAUAAUGUAUUCGAUUAGUGCCUUUGUCCUCUUACCUGAACAAAAGUAUGAUAACAUUUUUUUUCAUAAAAUAUACAGGAAAAGAAUCUUCACUUCAGGUUACAACAUGUUUAAUGUCCAAGUACUUUAACUCAGUCUUUUUAUUUUCUGUUCAUUCGGACCAUUCAGUAAUAGUUUCGCCUAAGCCGGUGCUAGAGGGCGUAAAGUGUAAAUUUCAUUACCCUUCAUGAACAGACUUGCAGACGGACUCUUUUUUUGUCUGAUUGCAUUAUAUGCCUCCAAAAGAUCUACAUUAAAAUUUUAUUUCUUAGGUAAAAGCAGGAACUGAAUAUAUUUUUGUAAAACUGUCUUUAUCCAGUUUUGCCAAAACACCGGUUAGGCAACUGAGAAAUAUGCUAUUUUGUAGACAAAUUUUACAACAUUUAGGAUAUGUUCUUGUAAAGAAUGUUCAAUACACGUACCAACAUCGUUUUAGAACAAAGGUCAAACCUAGUCCUCUAUUAUGUUGCCUUGUUGUGUUCUAUGCCUCCAAAGGAAACUUUCUCAGAUUUUGUUAAAAAUCGCAACAGCAGUCUUUAAGUGCCAUAUUGUUAUAUUAUCUGGUCCUUUAGGAUCAUUGAGUGCAUUCAUUUCUACUAUAAUGAAAUUCUCCUUAAGCCGUUGCUAUGGGGCCUGAAGGGUGUUGCACAUUUCAUUACCUCUCAUGAAUAAGCGAGUCUGUAUUGUCUUGCUUGGUUGCGUUCUAUGCCUACAAAUGAUCUUUUCACAGAUUU